AUGCUGAGAUGGCUUUUUACAAAGAAUUUUGUAAUAUCCAUCAGCACUGAAAUCAUUAACUCUAGCUUCAUGAAUCAAACCUUCACAAGUAUACAAAAUUCAAGAUUCUACAAAGUUCCAAAUGUUUUUAUUUCUGAAAUCCCUACGAAGGAUUAUUUAUGCAGAAUACCAUAUACUGAGAAGUAUUAUCUAUACAAGAAUACCAAUUUUACAGAAAACAAUCUUCAAAUCUCUUUACUUGGAAAUUUCAAUUCAAAAUUAGUACAAUCUUUUCUUUCUCAAUCAUAUUCAAUUUAUCCGACCUUUAACAAUAACUCAUAUUAUGUUUUGUCAAAAGUGAAUACUUCCAUUUCUGACUUUAUAUUAGAAAAAGAAAUUAUUUCACAAAAUUCAGCUUACAUAUCCACAUCGCUUCAUUCCUUUUGCUACAAAAAUUCAUUUCGUGAUUUUAUUCGCUUUUUCAACAAAUUUAUUUCCCCAAUUUUAUUUUGUUUUGUCAUUUUGUUCUUAUUUUUUAAGCACUUACAUAUUAGAUUGCAGCCAAAAUCCGAUAACACAUUCAAUGUUUUCUUUGUUUCAUCAUCACAGCACUUACUUACUCCAUUUCCAAAAAAUAUUCCUCAAAAAGUCGUCAAAUUUCUGAAAAGCAUUCACUACACAGAAGACAUACCCAAUUUAGUCUUUGUUAGUCUUGGUAAUGGCAGCUAUGAACUCUUCCAAGUUGUUAUUUCCAAAAUUAAUUUUGGAAUUUUCCAGGUUUCUCUGUUCAGGACAUUCAGCAGUACGACAAACUGGGAGAGUACUACAUCCAUGAAGGGCUCAGUCUACCAGUACUCAGAUUGCGACGAAAUCGUGAAAUGUCCCGCGACAAUUAAUUUCUACUCAGACUCCACUCCGACAGCAACAGUUUCCAUCAAAACAGGACGGCAGAACUCGCAGUUUGUCAUCGGCUGCGACGAAAAGAACGAGCUUCCCCUUGGCCGCCAGUCCCUCGAGAUCGAAAAAUUUGUUUCCAUCCAGGAAAGUUUCUUCCGCGAGGGAAUCCUUUCCAAACCAUCGCUCUCCAAGUUCAUUUCGAUCAUGGGGAGCGUCUACCACAACAUGGACUACGCAGCCCUCGGAAUCUUCUUCUCCGACGGCGGGACAUUCAAAACAGUCGUGAAAUUUGUGCGCGAAAAGAAACUUUCCGAAAGAGUAGAAUCAGUCGCGAGAGAUCUCCUCGAAAACGGACAGCCGACGAACACAGAGGUAUCCUGGAUGAACUUCAACCAGUACAGGCUCGGCUGCCACACGAUAAACAUCGAGUCCACGAAGUACAUCAUUGUCUUGUCCGCCGACGCAUCCACGAACAUGCUCAGACAGACGGAGUUCUUCACUCACGCGAUUCUCACGAUUCUGAUAAUCCACAACCACGAGCACAUCGUGAAGAGGGAGUUCUCCAACGAAUUCAACACCCUGCAGAACCUGCUGUCGAAGAGCGAGUACCACAUCACUGUUUUCGAGGCCGUGGAAGGAAAGUUAAAGUGGAAGUCGCAAAGCAACAAAAAACCCAAAAUUCCUUUUGAAGUUGUUUUCAGGAGAAUUUUGGUUGCACUCAAAGAAAAGGAUUUAACUCACUUCUAUUUGAGUUUUUGGGAUGAAAACAACAACAAGGUCGUAGUACUCGUCAAUGCAAUGCACUCUAUGACGAGAGACAACGAAACAAUUUUGACAGUAAUUUACAGAGAAGUGACUGAAAUUUGGUCAAAGGAUAUUUAUGAUGAUAGCUACCUCUGCGAGUCGCUUUUGAGUGGAGUCAUGAUGAAUCUCACUAGAGUGAGCAAGGACGGAACGAUCGACUUCCAUGAGAAGUGCCAGAUAUUCAUGGGCGAGCAGCCUCCAUCGAAUUUCACUGUCCUGACGAAAAUUGGCCAGAGCAAAAUAGCAAAACAGUUCCUCAAUCAAAAGAUAGACAACAUGAAACUGCUGAAGAAAGACGGAUCUUCUGUUUCGGCAUCAACUGUGCCUGCAAACACAAAAGACUUCUUCUUCUUCUACCCUGACUUGGCAUUGUCCAAAAUGCUCUUAAUUGUCUACAAAAUGAUGCUCGGAAAUAAUCAAAAACCGUUCAAACCGUCACCAAGAUUGAAUGGGUCUAAUUCUGUCGAAGUGAUACAGCUGGACAACUCUGUUUCUUCUCUCAUGUCAUUGGCCGAUCAGAACAAAUCUUGCGCCAGUUUCGGAAGCAUCGUGUUCCAGAGAAAUGAAAAUAAUUCAUCAAAAAGUGACACAAGAAAAAUCAGGUCACCAAGUCAAAUCCAUCAGAAGCCGGAAAUCAUGAAUGAUAGUUUUAUUAUCAGUGAAGAAGGCGAAAGCAAUAACAGAGUCAUAAUCGAAAACAACGACGAUUUGCAACAAAAAACAAAACAAAAUUUGUUACAUAAAAGUGACACAACAAUAGAUCGGCGUUCAUUCAAUUUGCGUCGGAAAGGGAGUGCCAGCGAGAUGAAUUUCCACAUCGGCUACUCCAGCACACAGUCCAAGAGCGGCCAGAGGAGGAUGAGCGGCCUUCUCGACGACGACUACGAAGACAUCAGAGUUUCCAUCAUGGACAUCGUCAGAGACACUUUCUUCGACAUCAGGAUUCCCUCGACAGAGAAACCGAGAGUUGUCUGGGACAUGCCACACGAACUGAGCGACUCCCCGAAAGCGUUGAACCACCUUUUGUCAUUGACAGGAAUGGUUUAUGGAAGAGAUUACACCAAGUUCCUGAACUGCGUGAAAGACAGCUUUGUUUACGGAAUUUCAAACACAAUUCUGCUUCUCCACGACCUGACAUCGAUCAGGCCGUUUCUGGUGUCGGUCGAGAGAGUUUCGACAGUUCUGACUGUUGUUUUCGAGAGUCUGGAGAGGGAGUUCAUUACGAGCCACACGCAGAAUAUCGUGAUGAACGCGAUGGACACAAUAAAUCCGAGCAGACACAUCUACGCGUGGCGCCAUGUUUUCAAGGAAACAGAUGACGGCAUCCACAGCUCUGUUCCAAGUGGAUUCCACCCUGCAGUUUUCACAGACACAUCGUUUAGACUCGUUGUUUUGCCGCACCAGAGAAUACACUUGAUGAAUCAGAUGCAGUCAGGAAAUGUCGACACUGUUGUCAUUUUGAAUUUCGACAAACCAAAGUGGUACUACUUGAAGGGAGUGAUGACUGAGCAGGGAGAAAUACACGGAAUAUCAAUCUGCGCACCGCCUGGAUCGAUUCCGAUGUAUUUGUCGCCUCAGGAAAGGAUUUCUUCCGCAAAAAGAUUGAGAUUGGCUUUCAAGAAACUGAAGAAAAUCAUUAAGUUCGAUUCUUCUGAAUUGAAACAAGCAAUGGAAGAAGUCAAAGUUUCUGCUUAUUUCGAUUGA